AUGUCCGCCCGGGCUUUUAGCGGCGUCUCAGUGAUGGACGUGAGCGGGGGUCUGAGCUCUGAAGUGAACGCAAACCGAAAGCGUCGUCCGAGUCCACGGCGGCGGCGGCGGCGGCACGAAAACGUCAAAAGGCCGAUAAUGAAGAGGACGCAAACGAUAAAGACACAGACGCUCACCGCAGCUCAGACUCUCAGGACGGGGCUGGGGUCUGGUCCUUGGUCUUUAGUCGUCCUCCAGGCGCGUUGGUCAGAUGGUCCUGAGGCUUCAUCCUCCAUGUGCAGGUUCCAGACGGGGCGAGUAAGACCAGAGCGCAGUGGACUGGGUCUGAGUGGUUCUGUGCCGUCGUCUGUGCGCUGGAUUCAUGCGGGAAGAGACAGAGAGAUGCUGCAGGAGAAGAGCUCCGCGGCUCCAGACCAGCCCAGGGCCUCGUGUGGAGCUGAAGCCCAGAGCGAGGCGCCUCGAGUGGGACACGGCGCCAGCGGAGGGGCCCCUGGAUCCAGAGAACACGACCAGAACAUAGAGAACAUAAAAGUGGCUCUUCACGAGCGAGAUCUGUGGAAGAAGUUUCACGAAGCAGGAACUGAGAUGAUCAUCACCAAAGCAGGCAGGCGGAUGUUUCCCAGUUACAAAGUGAAAGUGAGCGGGAUGAAUCCUAAAACCAAAUACAUCCUCCUGAUCGACGUGGUCCCAGCCGACGACCACAGAUACAAGUUCUGUGACAACAAAUGGAUGGUGGCGGGGAAGGCGGAGCCUGCGAUGCCGGGUCGGCUCUACGUUCACCCCGACUCGCCGUCCACCGGAGCUCACUGGAUGAGACAACUCGUGUCCUUCCAGAAACUCAAGCUCACCAACAACCACCUGGACCCUUUUGGACAUAUCAUUUUAAACUCGAUGCAUAAGUACCAGCCUCGUCUACACAUCGUCAAAGCCGACGAGAACAACGCCUUCGGCUCCAAGAACACGGCCUACUGCACCCACGUGUUCCACGAGACGGCGUUCAUCUCCGUCACCUCCUACCAGAACCACAAGAUCACUCAGCUGAAGAUCGAGAACAACCCGUUUGCCAAAGGGUUCAGAGGCAGCGAGGAGGGAGACCUGAGGGCCUCCAGACUACAGGGGAAAGAGUACCCGGUGAUCUCUAAGAACGUGGUGCGUCAGCGGCUGCUCUCGUCUCACUCACACCUGUCGGGGAAACUGGGCUCGGGGGUGAUCCAGGGACACCCGCAGGUCCUGUCCCAGUAUCAGUACCACGAUCCCGGGGUGAGUCCGGACCAAGAGCCGCUCUCCAACCACUUCAGCCAGAGGGAGCCAGGACUGCUGUACCACUGCUUCAAACACAGAGACUCCGGUCGUCACUUGGAGCUGGGCUGUAAGCGUCCCUACUUAGACCCCGCCCCCUCCGUCCCCGACGAUCACUACUUCAGGUCCCCGCCGUCGUACGAGUCCCCGCUCCUGUCGCACCCGUACUGCUCCGACUCGCUGCCCCCGCGGGAACCCUGCAUGUACAACUCGCUGGAAACGGAGCACACGAGCCACCCCGCCGCCCCCGACCCCGACGACCUGCCCGGCGCCAUCAACUGCAACGUGUGGAUGCAGCCGUACCCGCGCUACGGCGUGGAGGGCGUGCCGUACCAGCCCUUCACCGCGCACUUCGCCAACGCCACGCACCCGCCCGCGCCCAUCGCCUCCCGGCCGCAGGGGGAGCUCUACAACGCCGCCGCCGCGCAGAGGGGUUUGCCCGUCCUCCCUCCGUCCUCCUCCUCGUCCUCCACGUCCUGUUCCGGAGCGAGGGAGCGAGCGCUGUACAAAAAGCCCGGCAGAGAUUAUAGCGGUUACACUCCGCAGGGGGCGCUAGCGUCGUACCAGUAUCAGGUGGGACUGAACACGUGGACGGAGAGCUAA